CAGCGGGAGAUUUGAAUUUGGGAAAUUUGGCGCGGUGUGAGCCGCGGUGCUUUCACUUCACUGAGGCAGCAGGGGCUCAUUUCGCUUCAGAUUUGCUGCUCUCUGCGUCUUUACUCUUCUGCUCUAGAUGAACCUUCAUUUUAGAGAGGUAAGCCACUGCGUCUUCCUCUUUCUCUUCACUACCUACAUCUACACCUCUUCACAGCCGGCGGAUUGGAAUAUGGCAGCGACGCUCGAGAAGCAAGCCCAGAACUACGACCACUACAUCGUCAAACUCCAAGAGUCACGGGACCAGAACCUCGCCCAAAUGUUCCGCGAGUUCUCGCUGAGACGGCCACGUACACAGGACGACUACCUCUCUUUCAACGAUCUCGCCCAAGCAACCAGUCGGCACCUCCAGAAUUUCCACAGCCUCGUAGUGGCGUACUCCGCCAACAGGAACGCUUGGAAGAUGAGUUCAGAAGAAUUCGAGAGACGUCUGCGGGACAUGCAGCAGAACCUCUUUACAAGCCGAGCAGAGGUCCACCGCCUCAAUCAAAGUGCUGCCAUCCUGCAAAAAUACUUGGACGUGGCAGAGCAAAGCGCGAGCGACCUACUCGCCCGAUAUAAUAUCGACACUCGCCGGAUGCUGGGAAUUAUCAAGGAGCAGAAUCAGAUGUGAGCAUUCCGAUCAGCACACGUCUGCUGUGAUGAAG